UUCAGAAUAACCGACUUAUAUCCUGGAAGGUUGUAUAAUAUUAGCGUGAGGUCUAUUGUGGGAGCGGAGGAGAGUAGAGAAGUUCUUGCAAAUGGAGGCGCAGGUCAAUUGACAACACCCAGUCGGCCUGGAAAGCUGAUGUUGGAAAAGGCUUCUGCAACCUGGUCACCCUAUCACAUUUAUAUUACCUGGACUAACUCAACAAGUGAGAAUGGUGUAGAAAGAUACAGCGUAUCUUUAACAAGUGGAACGGGAAGUAUUGGUCAAGUGGAAUAUUCUGGAAAUAGACACGGAGUUAAUAUAACGAAUUUAUGUCCCGGAAUGUCAUAUUGUGUACGGGUUGUUGCAGAACUCCGAAAUCUAAUAAGUCCUCCGAGUGACAAUUGUUUUUCCACGGUAGAAACACGUCCUAGUGAUGCACCUACGAAUUUAAUUUUAAUUCCACAAAGGAGAUCAUUGAUAGUUAUCUUUAACACACUUCGAAGACCAAAUGGGCGAAUAACAACAUAUGAAUGCUAUAUACACAACUUGAAUACUAGUACAGAUACAAUUCAGAAUCACACUACAGCGAGAAAGUCAUCAAUCGCUGUUGAAACUUUUAUAAUCAGAGACUUAGAACCAUAUACAAACUAUAGCAUACGGGUGAGAGCAUACACCAGUGUAGGGAGUGGUCCGUGGAGUGAUCCAGUCUCAGAAUGUACUCUAGAAGCAGCACCCGGGAAUGUAUCCAGUUUUAGUGCUGCUCCAAUUAACUACACUACUGUGCAUUUAACAUGGACCCCUCCUACAAAGCGAAAUGGUAUUAUACGAGAAUAUGUUAUAGUAAAUCCUCCUGCUGCAAAUGUUAGAGUCCGAUCUACCACACAAGAAUAUAUAGUUACUGGAUUAAAUGGUUACACUCACUAUACAUUUGGAAUAAUGGCAGUUACUGUUGAAGUUGGAAAUGAAGCCCGAAUUAGUGUACGAACUCCAGAAGGACGUAAGUUGUGUUGGAUAUGUGCUCGUCUAAUUUUGUUAUACAUUAACAGUAAUUUGUGAACAAAGAAAACCUUGAUUGAAGAGUGUUUGUUUGAAAAAUUUUCAUUUAUAUCAUAAUU